CGUGGGCCUCAGCCGCGGCGCCGCGCCGGGCGGCGGGGGCGGCGCGCAGGGCCAGAGCUCCAGGCCCCCGCCGGCCGCCGCGGCGGAGCGCACGCUCGAGGCGCCGCCCCCCGCCGCGGAAGCAGAGCGGGCGUGCUCCGGCAUCCACGAGGGCUGCCUGGGCACCCGGUGCUGCACGACCGGGGGCCCGUCGGCCCACUGCUUCGAGAAGAACGGCUACUGGGCGCAGUGCCGCUACGACUGCGAGAGCACCACCUGACAGACCCUUGGACAUGCAACAAGCUAGACUCGGGUCUGCAGCAUGGCAAUCAGUCCCGUGGGUCUGCGGGGUCGUGCGCGAGGCCAGGUGAGAACUGCAAGGACUCGGGGUGCUGCCAGGAGUCCGGGCAACGCUGCUACAGGAAGGACUCCGCGUGGGCGGGCUGCAGGGCGACGUGCAAGAAGGGUGAACAUGAUCCGUACGGCCCGGACAUGUUGCCGUGGUCGUGUGAGGACCUGGGCCCCCGAGACAAUGCGACCUCCGAUCGUGUGCUCGGCAUCGAGAACGCAACCCAGUGCUCUGAUGGCUUCUCGAAUUGCCAGGAGACCCGCUGCUGUUCCGACGUGGGCUUCCUUUGCUACGAGAAGAACUCGUGGUGGGCACAGUGCAAGGAGUCGUGCAAGAGGGGAGAGAACGACACCCUGGGGCCUGACACUCUACCGUGGUCUUGCCGGGAGCUCGGGUCGAGGAAUCACGGACACCCUGCUGCCAGUAACGCUUCUUCUGGCAACGGCUCAGUCGGUAAUGCGUCUGGAGUCUCCGCCAGCGGUGCCCAGAAUGCGUCAGAUGAGCCUUCCAAUUGCUCGGCGGUGGGCCACGACUGCACCGAGACGCAGUGCUGCAGCGAUGAGGGACUGCAGUGCUUCGAGAAGAACCUGUCCUACUCUGGCUGCCUCGCAGAGUGCACGCCUGGCCUCAUGCCCUGGACGUGCGCCCGUUCGAGCAAGGCCACGCCGGAGAGCACGACGUCUCGGCGGCCUUCAACCACUUCCGCGCCGCGGAGCGCAACGACGACCCGGCAUACUUCCACCGGUCUUUCCGCGUCUGAGGGCGCAGCGCCCAGUACAAUCGACCAACUAUCUGCUCAAGUCGCUGCCGCCCACACUGCUACAAACACAGGGGCGCCUGAUGCAUCGAAUCUAUCCACCCUCGAUGCCUCGAGGACAGGGGCCCAUGAUGCAUCGAGCGUUUUGUUCCUCGCAUUUGAUGCAUUGGAGGAAGAGCUUGAAGAGAGUGCCAGAGUGAGAGCGCUCACCAAUAGAGCAUAAUUCGCAUGCAGAAGCCGGGUGUCAUGAGCGCUGACCGACCAAGUUGCGGCGGUGUCUCAGCGAGAGUACACUUCUUGCGCACGUUAUUCGUUGUAGAUCCCUGAACAUACCCAAACACUGAGGCUGCUUGUGCCUCUCUGCAGGAGGAACACCUCCGCGCGGGCCGUAGGACCACAGCUUGUUUUUUACCAUACACUGGGGACGUUCCCUACCUCACUCCCAAAUCGGGAGAGUGUAGGGGCACCUCGUGGGCCGUAGGCAGAAACGCGUAGCUCACACCUACCAGACACGGGCCAAUGUGCUCGAGUGGACGUGUCGCGCGGCAAAAAGCGAGGCGCAGAUGCCGUGCCGGCAAAAAACGUUGCGCACUUGCAGACCUGAUACAGCUAUCAGCCAGAGAUGAACAUCUGGCAUUGACAGAACGCCCCCUCCCAAGACAAGGCG